AUGUCGUUGUCUGGAAAACAGAUUGCGGAGCACAACUCCCGCGAAUCGUGCUGGGUUAUAGUCCAUGGCAAAGCCUACGACGUUACAGAGUUCCUGCCUGAACAUCCUGGCGGUUCGAAAAUCAUCCUUAAAUAUGCCGGCAAAGAUGCGACGGAAGAAUUCGAGCCAAUCCACCCGCCCGAUACCCUAGAUAAGUAUCUCGACAAGUCGAAGCAUCUAGGACCCGUCGAUAUGGGCACAGUGGCGAAGGUUGAGAAGGCAGAAUCACCCGAAGAGAAGGAGAGACAAGCUCGGAUUGCCCGCAUGCCAAUUUUGGAACAAUGUUACAACCUGAUGGAUUUCGAGUCCGUGGCGAAGAGGGUCAUGAAGCAGACUGCGUGGGCAUAUUAUUCCAGUGGCGCCGAUGAUGAAAUCACAAUGAGAGAAAACCAUACCGCAUUCCACAAAAUAUGGUUCCGGCCCCGCGUUCUCAUCGACGUCGAAAAGAUCGACUUUAGCACAACCAUGCUUGGCACAAAGGUCGACAUGCCCUUCUACGUAACCGCCACCGCUCUAGGGAAACUAGGACACCCAGAAGGAGAGGUGGUGCUCACAAGAGCAGCCAAGAAGCAUAAUGUUGUGCAGAUGAUACCAACACUCGCUUCUUGCUCAUUCGACGAGAUCAUGGACGCGGCGGAAGGGGAUCAAGUUCAAUGGUUGCAAUUAUACGUUAACAAGGACCGAGAAAUCACCAAGAAGAUUGUGCAGCACGCCGAAAAGCGUGGUUGUAAAGGUCUCUUUAUCACAGUCGAUGCACCCCAACUCGGCCGCCGAGAGAAAGAUAUGCGUACCAAAUUCAACGACGUGGGCUCAAAUGUACAAAGCGGGUCGCAGACGGAUACGUCCCAGGGCGCUGCCAGAGCUAUCAGCAGUUUUAUUGAUCCCGGACUGAGCUGGAAGGAUAUCCCAUGGUUCAGGUCUAUUACUAAGAUGCCCAUUAUCCUCAAGGGCGUCCAAAGAGUGGAAGAUGUCAUUCGCGCCGUUGAAGUUGGCGUUCAAGGUGUCGUUCUAUCUAACCACGGCGGCCGUCAACUGGAUUUCGCACGCUCAGGAAUUGAAGUGCUUGCUGAAGUGAUGCCCGUAUUACGAGAACGCGGCUGGGACAAUCGUCUUGAGGUCUUCAUCGAUGGCGGCGUACGACGCGCCACUGAUAUAAUCAAGGCGCUAUGCUUGGGAGCGAAGGGCGUUGGUAUCGGAAGACCUUUCUUAUAUGCCAUGAGCGCCUAUGGGCAGCCUGGCGUGGAGCGUGCUAUGCAAUUAUUGAAAGAUGAGAUGGAGAUGAAUAUGCGGUUGAUUGGAUGUUCGAGUAUCGAUCAGUUGAACCCAUCGUUGGUGGAUACUAGGGCGUUGAGCAUGCAUGCUGCCAAUGUCCCAACUGAUAAUUUGGGCCAAUUCGUCUACGAUCCUUUGGUUGUCCCUAAGGAAAAGUCGAUGUUGUAA